AUGGAGCUACUCAAUCUGGAAGGACACCUGCGAAUCGGUCUCACACCGAGCGACCAGAUCGCCCUCUCGCUACACUUCGAGGAUCAGGCUGCAGCCGACCGAUCCUGGCUCGUUGCUCAAGCAGACCAAGGAAACGCACCGGUCUCGUAUCUCCUUGCUCGGGUGUUGCAAUCUGAGAACGACACAGAAGCAGACGAUGACGAUGAGCUUGAAGAGAAUGCCAAGCAUCAGCAAAUCUUCCACCAUCUGAAGCGGGCAGCCAAGGCAAGCCAUUCCAUGGCCCAGUUCCAUCUUGCAGAAUGCUAUCUCAACGGUCGCGGCGUCAAACAAGACUUCACCAAGGCCGUGGAACUGUAUCGCAGACUUGCAGAUCACGGAAUAUCUCAGGCUCAAAUUGCCCUCGGUGGAUGCUAUGAGAAUGGUGAAGGUGUCGAUCAAGAGUAUAACACAGCCAUCGAGUGGUACUCAAAGGCUGCCGACCAAGGCAAUCGUGACUGGCUCUGCAAGCACUUCAUGGCUCUGUGUCUGCACCAUGGUUUCGGCACUACCCAGGACCGGAUGAAGGCAGCUUGUGUCUUUGAGCAGCUCGCCAACGACGGCCACAGCGACAGCCAGUUGCGGAUCGGAAAAUACCUCCACUGGGGCCUGGGAGUAUUGGAGGACCGAAUUACGGCAUUCGAGUGGUACAGCAAAUCGGCCGACCAAGGCAAUUCGUACGGGCAGUGGAUGACUGGUGUAUGCUACUACUGGGGAUACGGAGUAACCAAGGACUUUGCCAAAGCAUUCGAGUGGUAUCGCAGAUCGGCCGAGCAGGGAAAUCGAUACGGACAAGAUUCUAUCGGUAGAUGCUACAAACAUGGCGAAGGGGUACCUGAAGACAUCGACACUGCCGUCCUCUGGUACCACAAGUCCGCCGACCAGGGACACAAAAACGCCAUCGAGAGACUCAAGGAGCUCGGCGAGUGGCAUUGA